AUGUCCACUGAAUCCCUCCCUAUAACCCCAGGAGCCUUUGCCGAAGCAAUCAAAGAGCUCCCUCUCGCAGUCCUCUACAGCAAAGUCUCCGAGCUCACAAACUCCAUCGCACACCUGCACCGCUCGAACGCCGAGCUCCGUGCAUUCUUAGCAGAAAGCAACGACUCAGAAGAAGACAAGAAGGAGAUAGAAGGUUAUGUCACCGAAAACGAGGGUGUGGCAGUGUCCAUGAAUGAGCGGAUCUCGUUACUGAAGACCGAGGUCGAGAAUCGUGGACAGCCUUGGAUUGAGCUUGAUGAGCUUAAGAUCGACAAGGGACAGGACGCAUUGACAGAUGUUCCGGUGACAAAUGGACAUGUAGCUGAGACCGAGAAUGGGACUGGAUCUGAGCCUGGGCCUGGGCCUGGGGCUGAGACGGGUGCAGGACGGGAGUCCAAUGAUCGGGAUGAUGGGGAUGGGGUCUAUCUGUGA